AGGUAAGGUCACAGCUGGAACCUGCAUGGAGACAGGCGCGCGCGCGUGUAUAUAAAGCCACCUCAGGGAUACCUAACCAGCAGUCCGCGUUUGGCUUUCAUACUUCUCUCAGCGAGUUCAUCGUCAAGCAAAUUCUCCUCAAACAAAAUGUUGCGUCUGUGCGUAAUGUUGGCUGUGGUCGGUGCCGCCUUCUCCCAAACGUACCCCGAUCCGCUGGCGAAUAUUAACUGCGAGAACUGGUGUAACCUUAGCAGUACUACCUAUUACUGCUGCGACGAACAUCGUGAAAUUGAUGGAGGGCGCUCCGGCAAGUGCCCAGCCACCCCGAUUUCGCAGAGGGAGCUGGACAUCCUCAGGGAUCUCGGGGAUCACAACGCUCUCAACUGCAAGCAUGACAGAGAGUGCGAGGUCGGGGAAAAGUGUUGCUACGCUAAGGAAAGUCAGCACUACAGGAUCUGCCGCUUUUCGUUCUAGAUGUCCUUGGACAUGUGGUUCGCUUGAGGCCUCUUGAAUCCCGUCAACUUGGAAUCGGAUGCGCUUUCAUGAUGACUCUCUGACAAAUACGAAAGAUCUUUAGACCAGAUCCAUCGUUACACAUAUAUAUAUAUAUAUAUAUAUAUAUAUAUAUAUAUAUAUAUAUAUAUAUAUAUAUAUAUAAACUGACCACUUUGCCCUACUUAUCCACCCAAGGGCAUAAAUUUGUUUCUGUUGUUCUGUUAAUUUUAAGGUAUAUAUUAAUGACUUAGUACAAAGAUGUUCCUAUGCUCACGUGUUAAAAUAGACAGUUAAUAAAAUCUAUAAAAUUUA